AAGAAAAGACUAUUGUAAUGUUCUUGUGUCUUCCCUCUAUCUUUCCUUUUCCCAGCAAUUCACGACUUCUUACCUAAAAUUCAUAAACCCUUCGAUAGCAAAAACCACAAAAAGAGCUACAAAAACAACCCCACACACCUCAGAAACCCACAUCCCAAGUCUCAACAUUCAUAAAUAUUUAAAAUCACAAAUAGAAAAACAAGAAAAGAAAUCAAAACCUUUUUCUGGGGUUUUAUAUUUCUCCAUAGAUUUUGAGGAGUAUUAUGUAUAGAUCUGGAGCUGUGAUGGCUUGGAAUGUCUUCAAAUUCUGUACGGCUCUCAGAGGGUUAGGCUCGAUCAUGAUCUUGUUGGUUCUUGGUGUUGUCGGUGUCUCUUAUUACGCCGUCGUUUUGUCCAUCUAUGGCCCUGCUUUGACUUCCGGUGGCCUUGAUUCACUCAUCGCACUUGUCGUCUUGAUCAUGUUUCAUAUCUUGUUGGUGAUGUUAUUAUGGAGUUAUUUCUCAGUGGUUUUCACGGACCCUGGUGGUGUUCCACCAAACUAUAGGCCAAUAGUUGAUGAGGAAAGAGGUGAAACGGAUCGUUUGACCGGAUCCGAAUUCAACCCGUUGACCACACCCGAUCCAACAAAUUCAAGAAUCCGUUAUUGUCGCAAGUGUAACCAAAUAAAACCACCUCGUUGUCAUCAUUGCUCUGUUUGUGGGAGGUGUGUGCUAAAAAUGGAUCAUCAUUGUGUGUGGGUUGUUAAUUGUGUUGGUGCACAAAACUACAAGUAUUUUCUACUUUUCUUGUUCUACACGAUUCUCGAGACAAGCCUUGUAACUUUAUCAUUGUUGCCAUAUUUCAUAGCAUUCUUUAGUGAUGGAGAGGUUGCGGGGUCCCCUAGCACUCUAGCUACAACUUUUCUCGCCUUUGUUUUAAACUUGGCUUUCGCUUUGAGUGUUCUCGGGUUUUUGAUUAUGCACAUUUCUCUAGUGGCGGGGAAUACUACGACAAUUGAGGCAUACGAGAAGAAGACUACUCCAAAAUGGCGAUAUGAUCUUGGGCGCAAGAGGAACUUUGAACAGGUUUUUGGGACUGUUCAGAAAUACUGGUUUAUUCCGACUUACAGUGAUGAAGACUUACGUAGAAUGCCCGCUCUUCAAGGUCUCGAGUAUCCCUCAAAACCCGAUCUCGACUCCCAAGAAUUCUAAACUAAAAAAAAAAAUCUUCAUUUAUAACGUAAACUCGGAAGCCAUAUAAACGUGAAAACAUGACACAACAGGUUGUAAAGUGUUUGACAUGUAUUGGACUGGGACUGAGAUUGGAACUGAUCAGGGUUUUAACCUUUGUAGCGGCGGUUUGAGGGAUAAAAUUGGAAGGAUUUUGUGGGGAGAUGAAGCGGAAUUUGGUAUUUUUAGACUAAUUGGGGUUUAUGGGGGGUUAUUGUAAGUUUAUGAGUAUGGUUUACACGGAAUGUAUAUUUGUAACGUUUUGAUGACUUGAUAUUCGUAAAUGGGGAACUAAUUUUCGUGAUCGUUUGGUA